GACCAAUUAUGAACAUGAUUGAUUUCUUUAAUCUGGACAAUGGAACCGACUAUCACUACUAAGCUGAAGGUAAUUAAUAUGGGACCAACCACGCUGGCCGUAACUCCACCGAUCCCAUAUCCCAUCUGCCCAACGCGUCAACCGCCCCCGAUCCAAAGAACCGAAUCUUCCGUCCAUUGGUACGCAAGGGUGACAACAACAAGACCAGGGGUUCUCUACGACUUGGUCUUAAUAAUCUUCAACAUCAUUGACUCAGUCAUCACUCAUACUAUCAGGAACAUUCUCCGAAGUCACCUCCGUAAUACUUCCGGAGAUUACCAGGACAAGACGACGAUGACCCGGACGACGGCAAACGGACAAACCGGGCGGUAUGAAUGGACCAUGAAUGACUCCACUACUAAGGGGGGGUGGUGGUUGGACUCAGGAAUUAGAACAGAACAAAUUCCAGAAGGAUUUGCAGUCGGUCCGGGUGGGUGCAUUUUCUUCGCCUUCGUAUUAACUGAAAAAAAAAAUUCCUUAGCGCUAGUCAGGGUCCGAAUGAGAAUAGCGGUGGCCAGGAUCAGGCUCGGAAUCAUUACUGAAUCACAUCAUGAAAGGUCAGAGUUUGAUCGGCCACUAUGACUAUCACUUAUCAGUAACUUAUUACUCGUCUUGGACAUGCACUUGUCGGCAGAGUGGUCCGGUAGGUAAAGAAGUCGGAUACGCAAUGCUAUAUGAUUGGUGGCAUGUGUGGUGCUGUGUCUGCUGUGUCUUGCUGUAUCCUGUACAGGAGCAUGGCACAGACGCUACUCCGACCUUAAUGCAGGAAUGUGAUGCAUGCACAUGGCACUUGUAUUACCUUUACUAGUGCAGAAUUGUUAGUCUUGCUUUUAAUCUUACGCUUAGUUUUACAAGUAUGUACGGAGUCUUACAGUGGGG